CGAGUACAUUUGAGUACAACGUGAGUCUGGAGGAGUUUAUGAAAAUAUUUCACGAUGAAAGUCGAGGUGUCCACAGCUGUGCACUUUAUUUCCACCUUAUUGAGAGGAAAAAGACUUCUGUCUGAAGAACAACUCCAACGCUUCAGCCAUUCUUUGCAAGAGGCUUUAGGAGCGCAUUACCAGCACCACUGGUUCCCUGACGCACCCUUUAAAGGUUCAGGAUAUCGCUGUAUCCGGAUCAACCACAAGAUGGACCCGCUUUUAGGGAGGGUUGCUCACGCCAUCGGCCUUAGCAAGGAGCGGCUCUGCCACCUGCUGCCAAGAGAACUUACUAUGUGGGUCGACCCCUACGAAGUGGCCUACCGUAUAGGGGAGAAUGGAUCCAUAGGCGUUCUGUAUGAAGCCACGCCUCCGCUAGAGACUCAUCUGAACUCUGUGGACAAUUUUAAACCAACUGUGAAUCAGUGA